GUUGGUUUGUUGCUUCUGGUGGUUACAUUGACGCAGAUGACGUUUAAGAAGAGGCUAUUACCCACCGACCCAAGUCCUUCGGAUUCAUUCGAUGUAUAGACUGCAUCUAGAACCACACCCAAGAUGUCGAACAUCAUCUCUAGCUCACAAUCGACCGAGUCAGCCGACGAUCCGGCCUCGAGGAUUCCGGAUACCUGCCAUAGAGUUUGCAACGACGCCGUCGUCGAAGCCGGCCCCGACCCGCGAGACUGGACGAUCUGCGUCCUGGACUCGCACCUGCAAUUAGCCGCAUCCAAAUGUCUACACUGCCUCGUCAACGCCAUCACCUCCAACGAAAAAUUAACCUACACGCAAUCCGACGCCGAGAUGCUAUCCACCUUCCGGGCGUGGCGCGACUUCUGCGCCGAGAACGAUGACGAUUUCGGAUACCUGACCCAGGCGGUCGAUGAUAUGAGCACCAUCAUAGGCGACUCGGACCCUGGAAUUGCGGUUAUGGAUUGUCCGGCGGAUCCUCGCACUCAGAAACAGCCGUUUUCGAUCUCGUGUAUGGGCACGGCGACGCCGUCGUCGUCGUCGGUCUCGAUGGCGGUUUCGACUGGUUCGGGGGUCCUUGGGACGGGGGUGGAUGUGACGACGACGGCGAUGGCUACUACGACGCCUACGCCUGCGUCUACCUCGGAUGUGGCAAUUGGGGUUGCGACGAGGUCGGAGACGGCGUCGGAGACGGCGUCGGAGACAGCGACUGGGACGGCGAGUUUGAGUGCUGGUUUUGCGCCGGUGCAGCUGUUGCUGUUGCUGUGGGUGUUGUUGUCGGCGUGGUGAGUAUCGCGUUCCAGGAUGCUCUUUGUCUUGUGCUGUAGUUGUAUAUAGACCCUU